CAUGCGUGUUACAUGAAAUAAUCUAUUCCUACUGCUGGUUUAAUAGGAAGUAUAGUGUUAUUAUUAAAAAAUCAAAAUGAGUUGGCUUGCAUUGGUGUUUCUGUUAAGUUGUUCAAGUUAUUUUGUGUAUGGUGACAAGGUCGUUGUCUGCUACUAUGGAACCUGGGCGACGUACAGGGCUGGACUAGGUAAAUUUGCCGUGGAGAAUGUGAACACAGACCUGUGCUCUCACGUGGUGUACUCGUUUACUGGUAUCGACAGUCAAGGGACAAUGGUGUCCCUGGAUUCGAAUCUGGACUUAGACGCAGGUCAAGGUAAUUUUAGAAAAUUCACUAACUUGAAAGAAAAGAAUCCAAAUCUAAAAACAAUAUUAGCUGUUGGUGGUUGGAACGAAGGAUCGGCUAGAUAUUCUAUUAUGGCAGCAAACCCUACAUUUCGCCAGAAUUUCAUCCAGAGCGCUCUUGCCAUGAUCCGAGAAUACAACUUUGAUGGUUUAGACCUGGAUUGGGAAUACCCGAAUCGACGGGACACAGUACAUGGACUAGCUGAUGUGGAUAACUUCACCCAACUCAUUAGGGAAUUGAAAGAAGAGUUUGAUAAAUUUGGAUUGCUGUUGACUGCGGCUGUGUCUUCUGUAAGAGCCAGUGCGUCUUUCUCUUAUGACAUACCCGUUAUUUCACAGUACUUGGACUACAUUCACCUAAUGACUUAUGAUAUGUACGGUGCUUGGGAUCCCAUGACUGGUCACAACGCACCCCUCCAUAAAGGAGAAGGUGAUACUGGAGACAGACAAGACUUGUACACUGUUGAUGUUGCUGUUGAAUACUGGUUGGGUCAAGGUUGUCCUCCCGAGAAACUAGUUCUAGGCAUGCCUCUCUACGGCAGGACGUUCACCCUAACAAACCCAGCAGUCAACGGAGUGAGGGCACCAGCAAUAGGCGCUGGUCUGUCAGGACCUUACACUGCUACUGCUGGUUAUAUGGGGUAUAAUGAGAUUUGCGAUAGAUUCCAGACUGAAACAUGGGACUUAAAAUAUGAUAGUCUAGCCAAAGUACCAUACGCAAUUCAAGGUGCUAACUGGAUAUCAUAUGACGAUGCUCAAUCUUUAACCAGAAAGAUUGAAUAUGCUAAUAGCCUAAAUUUAGCUGGAGGUAUGGUCUGGAGCAUUGAGACUGAUGAUUUUAAUAAUGUUUGUGGUGAUGGACACUUUCCAUUGCUAAGAGCCAUUAAUAAAGCUUUAGGAAGAAAUGAAAAUGGUGGUGAAAAUGAAAAACCAGACACUACAACUAAAAAACCGAGCACAACAGCAGCAACUAGUAAACCGUCUACUACAACAACUAUAGAUCCUAGUACAACUACAGAUCAACCUAAAACAACCACAAAAGAACCUGUAACCACAUCAUCAACAACUACUGAAGAAGAUUCGAUUGACACAAUAGUAACUGAUGGUAUUGUUACUACAAGUAGCACUGUUCCUAGUGAAGCUACAACGACACCCAAAGAUGUUAAUAUUGUUACUACAGAAGCCACGACAAUCUCAAUUUGCAAAGAAGAAGGUUUCACAGCUGAUCCUGAAGACUGCUCUUCAUUCUACAUGUGCGUUUUUGAUGGAAAUGGUGAAUUAAAACCAAGGAGGUUCAAAUGCCCCGCAACAACUUUCUGGGACCAGGAAAAUUUGAUUUGCAACUACGGAGAUAAAGUUCAAUGCGAUUUAGAUUAGUUAGGCAAUUUUUAAUUAAAUUAAUAACAUUAUACCUAUAAUACUAAACCGAUAAGAUGCCAUUUAUCAGGACCGUUCUUUAACAAUUCGAUGAUAUGAAAGUCAAUUAACUCAAAACUGAUGACGCUAAAGACCGUUCCAAUAAAAUUAUACGAAUCAAUUUUUUUAUUGAGAGAAAUGUGCUGGGUGUUUUCUUAUCAGGAACUGAGAAAUUCGUGAAAUAACUAAAGCGCUCAUAUAGCAAAGGAAAUAGUUGAUAAUAUUUGAUAGUGCAAAAAGUAAUUGAAUGCAAUAAAUAAACACAUACAAUUAGUAUAAAAUGUUCAUUAUUACUAACUUUUCUCUGAAUCUGUUUCUUUUCUUCAAUAUAAACUUGGUUCUUGACACAACAAGAAUCAAAUUUUACAACAAUUCAUACAGUCAGGUCAGGUCAAGUCAGAUAGGAAAAUAUUCACUUUUUCGUAAUUUUAAAGAUACGAACAUUUAUAAGAAAACAUAAAUAGAUGAGACGUACCACAUAGAAAGAGCUGUUUCAAUAUACAUACACCUUGUUCUCGAAGGUUCUUGAUUCCUUUUGUGUUUCGACCACUAGUAACUUCAUAGAACUAUGGCUGGCUGGCACCAAACCAAUAUUAUUGUUAGUCCCAGCCGUCUCAGCAAUAACAAUAGCACAUACGGUCCUUGCAAUCUGUGUUUCACCCAUACAUACAUACAGUCACGUCCACAUCCCUUGAGUGGUAGACAAAGCCAACAGUCCUCAGAAUACAUACAUACAUAUGGUCACAUCUAUAUUCCUUGCGGGGUAGACAGAGACAAUAGUCUUGAAAAGACUGAAUGGCCACGUUCAGCUAUUGGGCUUAAUGAUAGAAUUGAGAUUCAAAUAGUGACAGGUUGCUAGCCCAUCGCCUAAAAAGAAUCCCAAGUUUGUCCUCAGAAUACUUUUGAAAUUUAUAUUUUCACGUUCAGCUGUAUGGGUUAAUAAUGGAAAUAUUAUUUGUACAAUUCGACAAGAAAAUAAGACAAAAUUUAAAGUAUAUUAAACAUCGAUCAUUCUAAAAAAAAGUACUUUAACAUACGCCUUAUACACACAAUAAUUUUAACCAGAUCUGACUCCGAAACUAGAGUCUUUCUCCAGUGUCAGCACCACCACAUUACCAGUAAAAUAAAAACGGGACCAAAUUCCGUACCAUCUAUGUUUUGUGGCAACUCAAACAUACGCAGGAUACGUUCGUGUCGAUCAUACGAAAUUUUCAUUUACGCGUCACCGCCCGAGGAUCUUAGAAAAGGUGGCGUGGAUGUAUUGUCAUGGUAAAUACUUUAUACAGUAGAAAAACUGGAUGUGCCUUUUACUUUCAAUAAAAAAAAUGUUUGUUUAAUGUAUGUAUUUCUGUGCGUUCACUUUAGAAUAGAACCACUUCAUAUCUUCACAUGGA